ACGCCACUGAUGCCCACCCAGCCGACAUCUUGGAGCGCGAGCUCUACGUUGUGACAAGCUGAUCGCGGGACUCUCUGUGCCUAUUGUCAUGUAUGAUCUGGCUAUGUAGAGCCGUGGAGACCUGGCGUUUGAUGGUCCAUGUCGGACGCAGAAGAGGAAUACGAGGAGCAGACAGAGGAGGCUGAAGAGGAGCAGGAAGCUGAGCCUGAGCAGGAGGAGGAAGAGCAGGUGGAGGAAGAUGGAGGAGAGCAGCAAGAGUACCAAGAUCAAGAUGUCCAGGAGGAAGAAGAGCGCCCCAAGCCCAAACCUAUGGUGCCCCAACUUGCUCCACCAAAGAUUCCCGAAGGAGAGAGGGUGGAUUUUGACGACAUCCACAGAAAACGUAUGGAGAAAGACCUACUGGAGCUACACACUCUGAUUGAUGUACACUUUGAGCAGAGGAAGAAGGAUGAGGAAGAACUUAUUGCCCUUAAGGAACGAAUUGAGCGUCGUCGUGCAGAGAGAGCUGAGAUCCAGAGGGUCAGAGCAGAAAAGGAGAAGGACAGACAGAACAGAAUUGUGGAGGAGCGUCACAGAAAAGAAGAAGAGGAGGCCAAGAGAAAGGCUGAUGAUGAAGCCAAAAAAAAGAAAGUGCUGUCUGGGAUGGGAGCAAACUUUGGAGGCUUCCUGGCUAAGGCUGAGUCGAGAAAAGGGAAGCGCAUGACAGGCAGAGAGAUCAAGAAGAGAACUCUGAAUGAGAGACGGGAGCCGCUAGCCAUCGACAGUUUGAGAGAGGAUGGGCUAAAGCAACGGGCCCAAGAAUUGUGGAACUGGAUCUACCAGCUGGAAUCUGAGAAGUUUGAUUUCAUGGAGCGCAUGAAGCACCAGAAAUAUGAGAUCAUUGUGCUGCUGAACAGAAUCCAACAUGCCCAAAAAUUCAAAAAAGGCCACGGGAAAGGAAAGGUCGGCGGUCGCUGGAAGUAAACAUGGAAGCAGCUGAAAUGAAAUAGCGUGAUAGAUGACAAAAGGAAAAACAAAGCGGAUGGCAUUACCAGAAUUACACAUUUCUUCUCCGUGCUCCUGUAGUAUCAGAGCCUUUCUGCUUUCAUCUGUAGUGUAUGAUACAUGUUUUCUCUCGCUCUAUAUUGAUAAUAAAA